AUGAAAUUAUUUACGAAGUUUCAGGCGGAUGUUAAUAAUUCGAUAAAAAGGGGUCUGUAUCACGGACUAUAAGCGACUCGGAUUGGUCACAUUCUAGAGUUGAUAUGAGAUGUGAUAUUUCUGUUUUUUUUUUAUUC